AUGGACAGUGGGAUUGAGUGUCUCCUCAGCAAGUUUGCUGCCAAUACCAAUUACGGUUUCGUGGAGUUCGAGGACUCCCGCGACGCCGAUGAUGCCGUUUACGAGCUGAACGGCAAAGAUUUAUGCGGGGAGCGGGUGAUCGUGGAGCACGCCCGCGGCCCCCGCCGCGACAGGGACGGGUACAGCUACAGCAGUCGCAGUGGGGGUGGUGGCGGAUAUAGCAGUCGGAGACAAUCUGGAAGAGAUAAAUAUGGACCACCUGUUCGUACAGAGUACAGACUGAUUGUUGAGAACCUUUCCAGUCGCUGUAGUUGGCAGGAUUUGAAAGAUUUCAUGAGGCAAGCUGGCGAAGUAACCUAUGCAGAUGCUCACAAAGAACGUACAAACGAAGGAGUGAUUGAGUUCCGAUCUUACUCGGACAUGAAGCGUGCCCUGGACAAGCUGGAUGGCACAGAGAUCAAUGGAAGGAAGAUCAGGCUGGUUGAAGACAAACCACGGUCGAGCCAUAGGCGAUCGUACUCAGGCAGCAGGUCAAGGUCACGAUCUAGAAGACGGUCCAGAAGCAGAAGUCGUAGAAGUAGGAGCAGCCGCAGCAGGUCCCGUAGUGUCUCCAAAAGCCGUUCCAGAUCUAAAUCCAGGUCACGAAGCAAGGACCGCUCACGUUCCAGAUCUAAAAGCAGGAAGUCUAGAUCAAAGAGCAAAUCGAAACCCAAGUCUGACAGAGGUUCACGCUCUCACAGCAGAUCCAAGGAGAAAUCUGAGAAGUCUCGGUCCCGAUCCAGGUCCAGGUCUCGAUCUCCCAAAGAAAAUGGUAAAGGAGAUACUAAGUCUAAGUCCAGGUCAAGGAGCAGGUCUCGCUCCAACUCUCCACAGCAGCAGCCGUCUGCCAAGGCUCGUUCAGAGUCACCACCCAAAAGAGCUGCAUCGAGGUCCCACUCCAGAUCUCGUUCAAAAUCUCGCUCACGAUCAAGAUCUAGUUCAAGAGAUUAAGACUAUAACUCUCCUCUUGCAUUGCACACUAUUAUGGAACAUUUUCCUACUUGUCAGGCCAUUAGUGUUAUGUUAGUACUUCAGAAGUUGGUUCUUUUCUCUUGCAGGAGUGAAUGGCCUAAAAGUAAGAAGCAAUGAGGCAUAAAGGUUUUAAUUUGUAUCCCAAAUUUGAAAACACAAGAUAGGGUGGUGGUACAUAGCAGGAAGGGUCCCCCUUUUGUAGAAAUUCGUUCAAAGUUUGAUUUUGUAGCAUUUCUGCAGGAGCAACUUAACUACUCCUGAAUGCAAAGUGUUUUUUAUAUUAACAAUAAACUGAAUAUAAACAGGCUUAA